AUGCCUUCCACCUCUCCCGGCCGCAAUGCCUCGAGUCCUCCGCCCUCUUCCUUUUCUCAGAUCCUACCGGGAGCUCCAACAGAAUCACUGCAGUCAUUCGCGACAUUUGUGUUUCGGUUCAAGCGAUAUUUCGCCUACAUUUCCGGUUCACAGCUUAAUAUCCUCUCGUCGCCGCAGACACUUGUCCAGGCGAUUCGAUUUCGGGAAGACCUCAUAGCUAUCAAGGCAGAAGAGAAAGAGGGAAAGAUUGUGGUCGCGGAUAAGACACAUGCUUGGGUUCUGGAGCCGCACACGGAGGGUUGGACGAAGAUAUGGUGGGAGAGAGCACUUGUUCUGCGGCGGGAAGAUGAGGAAGACAAGAUUCGUUGCUUGAGCUGGGGAAACGAUGGAGAACUGCUGGUGGGAGGAGAUACGGCUCUGGAUCUCUUCUCGACAUUUCCUUCAUCACGCAGUCAUUCGCCCGUGAUGACUGCAACUGGUGGUGAAGCGACGGAAGAAAGGAGAGCUUUGUGGUCGAAGUCGAUACCGAAUCCUAUACGGCAGGCUGAGUUCAGUCCUACUGCUACGCUCAUCGCGACUUGCUCGCGCUACGAUCGACUUGUCAAGAUAUGGAGAAGGCUGUCGUUCGAGGAGGGUCUGUUCGACUACUCGUACCUUCCACACUCGGGCACCGUCACGCACGUCCAAUGGCGGCCUCUCAAUGAGAAUUCAGAGGAGAGGAGGGGCAGCGGCAUGGGUAGAAGACACGAAGAAGAUGCGGAAGUGCUCUACACCAUUGCGAACGACGGCAUCCUACGGAUAUGGCGAACAGGAGGCAUGCACGAUGCAGACAUUCUGCUCUUACAUACCACUGUUGACCUCGUUGCUGCGAUUCCCCAGUCUCCGAGUGUACUUGCGAAAGGGCAGUCCAGUCUCCCAAAUGCAUCCCGCUACGCAAUGGUACUGCCCUCUGAUCAAUUCUGCGCUGCUGUAAAUGCAGCCAUUGGAAUCACACAGUGCGAUAAACUCAAUCAUUCAAAAGAACUGCUGAAAGAAAUGGUCUCCAAAGAACCAGAUGUGGUGGUGACUUUCGACGGGCAUGGCAGGAUGUCUGCAUGGGGUAUUCAGAGUAUUGGACACAAACGACGGCCAGAUACUCCAACCACGGCACAGCCAUAUCACAUUGCACAUGCUGAAGCCUUACAGCUUGAGCUUCCCAACGGCACACCAGCAUUAUGUGGGACCUGGUUUCAGGACGAUAAGCUUCAUCUCCUCAUGCACGCACUGAGCGAUGGGGGCGAGCUCACCUGGUGGCAGGGCGAUGUGGAGACUUUCUUCUCGUCUUCUACCGGCGGAUCUGAAAGGCUAUCUGCUACUGCCACAUGGUGUGGCCACAAUACACCCAUCAAGAGUGUGCAGCAGUCUGGCGAUGGACUUUCAUCUUGGUCGUCGGAUGAAGUGACACAGUGGCGGCCUACGCGCUCUGGCCUGGGAGAGCUGAAGGCUAGACAGUCUUUUGGAUUAGAAUCUGAUGUGCUAGCGGUCCUGACGCUCCGAGAGGGAGAGUUCCUGUUGACAGUGACUCCUGCCGCUUUUACCGUCUGGGACCAGAACGGGCAGAGGAUUGCGAAGGCAGGUUGUGAAGUCGCCAUGGGAGGGCGUUUCCAUGUUAUCUCAUCCGGCGAAGGAAAUGUCUCGGGCGUUUUUGUCCAGAGUGAUGCUAAGACCGUCGUGAGAUGGAUGGUAACACUCCCGUCAUCCGAAGCUUUCGAGGCAGAGGGCUCGUUGCAACUCGACAAACUAUCUCUGACGAGAGUGGAGGGAUGUGAAGAUGUGUCCUUUGGAUUACCUGUGCCAAUGCCUUUUGAACCAAGCCAGAGCUGUCUGGUCAGCAUCGCUACAAGCGGUCGGUUGGACUGUCGCUUGCUACCGGAUGAGCUGGCCGCAGAUCAUGAGCUCGAACCAUUUGCUUCAUUUGAGACUGGUAUCGAGGAGCCUGGAAUGUUCACUGCAAACGAGGAAUUCGCUGCUGUUGUUUCGCGGAACCGCAAGGAACUCGUCAUCGUGGAUCUGACAGAUGGCUAUGUCGAGCAUCAACAGCCCACACAUGCAGAAAUAUUGCAGCUGGCAUGUUUCACUCCCAAAGCAAGGCAUAACUUCAUAGCCGUAGGAUACGAAACGACCAUUGAUAUAUUGGCGCAGGGGCGAUACGAACACCACAGCUCAGACGUGCCAGUUUGGCAACCGAUCAGGACAGUGUCGAUUUCGAGCCUAGGUCUUGAAGUGACAGCAUUAGCAUGGCUCUCCACUGGGGCUUUGGCAAUUGCGGCUGGAAACGCCAUAUUCGUGACCAGCUCCGAUGUGACGUACAAGGAGAUCAACGAUGAGACCAAGGUCGCUAUCGAUAUGGGUUUGGACCAGAACGAAGCAGUCCAUUUGUCCACCGUUACGCACUGGCUGAAAGAUCCUCUGCCUGCAUGGCAUCCGAGCAUGCUUUCGCAUCUGCUGCGGCAUGGUCAUAUCGGUCUGGCUGCCACACUUCUGAAGAGGUUGGCGCAAAAGCUCAAGUUCUGGAGCAGUGGUGAAGAACUUCAUCCCACCCUCGAGGAACACCCCGAAGCUCUCCUGCGUGACCUGGAUCAGCACGAGGCAUGGCUUGAUGAAGAUACUGUGAAUGAUUUGCGAGAGCAGCUCGACGAAAAGGACCUUCCGAGAACGUCUCAAAGCGAGCAACAGCGGCUGAAGCAUAUCAUCGAAGCGCUGGCCUACUUAAAGCAACAUGUUAAUGGGUUGGACAGGAACGCGCUUCGAUAUCUCUUCAAUUGGAAGCUACAACUGCUUUUCUCUGAGGACAAGGCGCAGGCUCAAGCGAAAGUACCGAACGGCUCCGCUCAACCUAAUGGCGUCCACCCAGGAGCGCAAUUUGUUCCGGAUAUGCACUGGAGGGAGAUAUGUUUUGCGUAUCACAGCACGACGCAGCAGCCACUGCUCGACAUUUUGGUUCUACACCACGACAACAAGCUCACUUGGUCGAUCGCACGCCGGCUUGGCAUCAUGGCAUGGCUUGCUGAUCGUGAAGCACUUGCGCAAGUUUUUGAACAGCUCGGCCAGACGGCAUAUCGCUCUGAGCAACCCCCAGAUCCUGUCAAUGCGUCGUUGUAUUACCUUGCUCUCCACAAGAAACCCACGCUGCUUGCUCUCUGGAGGAUCGCAACAUGGCACAGGGAGCAAAGAACGACCAUGAACUUCCUGAAGCGUGACUUUUCGCAGCCUGAUGCCAGAACAGCUGCGAAGAAGAAUGCUUAUGCAUUGAUGGGCAAGCGCCGCUUCCACUACUGCGCUGCGUUCUUCUUGCUUGCAGACGAUCCGGCAUCUGCGACAAGCGUAUUGGCAGGUCAAUGCGAGGAUCCGGCUUUUGCGAUUGCAGUGGCGAGACUCUACUGCGGCGACGGAUCGCCAGUAGUGAGGCAGCUGUUAGAAGACAGACUCGUUCCGCAAGCGAAGCGAGAUGGCAAUCGUUGGGCAAUGAGCUGGUGUCAUUCCGUUCUGAUGGAAGGGCAUGAUGCCGCGGAGGUCUUGGUGAAGCCACUCGGCGGCGUCAAGACUUGGCAACAGGACGAUCCCAUCACAUUGCUUUUAUACCAGCAGCUGCGCAAGACGCCAUCCGAGCAUGAGUAUGACGCUGUACUGAGAGCCGCGCGCAUCCUGCGACGCAUGGGUCUCUGGCUGCUUGCACUUGAACUCGUCACCAGGUGGGAGUUCAAGCCAAUGGAACUGGCUACCAAGUCGGCACACGGGGCUGUGACGAACGGGACCGCCAAUGGUGUGCAUGAGGAGCCGAUAUCAAUGCUGGACGACUUCACCGCGCCUCAGCCACAGAAUUCAACAGCCAGCGAGGCUCCCUCUCUGCUCGAUAGCUUUACUCAGCCUGAGCCGGCGAAGCCCGCGCCGGGUGACGAGAAAGCCGCGCGAGAGGCCAAGGCCGCGGAAUUGCUCGCCAAGAUCAAGGCGAAGGCGAAGAAAGAACAACAACCCGCAGCGAGUGAGACCAACGGCGGGCAGAAACGAGAGCCGACGCAGUUCCAGGAGCCCGAUCCGAAUUCUCUGUUGGAUAACUUUGGCUUUUGA